GUGGGCACAGGUGGGUGGCACUGGUGGGCACAGGUGGGUGGCACUGGUGGGUGGGCACAGGUAGGUGGCACUUCUGGGCACAGGUGUGUGACACUUCAGAGUGGCACAGGUGGGUGCACUGCUGGGCACAGGUGGGCGCACUGCUGGGCACAGGUGGGCGCACUGCUGGGCACAGGUGGGCGGAACUUGUGGGUGGCACUGCUGGGCACCGAUCAUCAGGGCACUGAUCAUCAGUGGCCCUGAUGAUCGGUGCCGAUCCUCGCUCUGACAACUGCCGGUUCUCGGCAGUACUUUCCUCACGAUCUGACAGCGUGAGGAAAGUGCAGCCGAGAACCGGCACUUGCAUUUCCCUGUGAUCAGC